CCUACUUAUUGUCCUAAAAACGUUUACUAUUUAUAGGUUUCCUUAAUAUUAAUUCGCAUGAUUAUCGAUUAAUGAUUAACGACUUAAGUCUAGUCUAUCAAUAAUUUGCCUUUCGGCUCUUAUAUUAAUUUGAAUUUUGAAUUUUUUAAAACCGACUAAACGAAUUAGCAUUUAUAAGGUUCUUACGUUAGAGUUAAUGCUUUUAAAGUGAUCUCACUACUUAUUUUAUUUAUUAACAACAGUACCUAUUUAGCCAUUUUGAACAUAAGUUUUUUUUCUUUAUCAUUAACGUAGUAACGUAUAACAUAGGUAAUAGUGAUCACGGCGUAAUAAAUUUAAAGUCAAAAAACUAAUCUUUUAAAACCGUAUUUUUAAACGAAAAUUAAAUUUCACAAUGAGCAAACCGGUUUCUUAUUCAGAAGAUCAAUUAGCAGAAAUGGAAGAAGCAUUUCAAUUGUUUGAUAACAGAGGUGACAAUAAAAUACACAUAUCACAUAUUGGCAAUGCUCUUCGUGCUUUAGGUCAAAAUCCUACAGAAUCAGAUGUAAAGAAGUUUGCACAACAGCAUAAAACUGAUGAACGCAUUCCAUUCGAAGUAUUUUUACCUAUUUAUCAAGCUAUAUCUAAAAAUCGUUCCUCAAAUACAGCUGAUGAUUUUAAUGAAGGUUUACGACACUUUGAUAAAGAAGGAAAUGGAUUUAUAUCAUCUGCAGAAUUACGCCACUUACUUACUACGCUUGGAGAAAAACUUACUGAUGAAGAAGUUGAACAAUUAUUGACUGGGCAAGAAGAUUCUUUAGGUAACAUAAACUAUGAGGAAUUUGUGCGUUCUGUAACAUCGGGUUGAAUUCUUCAAUAAUUUUUUAGUAUAUAUUUAAUUCAUCAUAUCUAAUCAUUAUUUACACAUUUUAAAUACAACAUACUU